UAACACAUCAAAGAAUUCAAACUCUUACACUGACAACCACUCAGAAAUGGCAAACACGGGGCUUGGUGUGCCAGUCAAGCUACUCCACGAGUCCUUAGGACACAUUGUUACCGUGGAACUCAAGACGGGCCAACUUUAUCGUGGAAAACUCGCCGAGGCCGAAGAUAACUUGAACAUCUCACUCAGAGAUAUAACAGUAACAGGACGAGAUGGCCGUGUAUCACAACUAGAUCAGGUGUAUAUCAGGGGAAGUAUGGUCAGAUUCUUCAUUGUGCCAGAUAUGCUGCAGAAUGCCCCCAUGUUUAAGAGAGUUGGUCCCAAUGCCAUGCGCGGAAGAGGUAUCGGUACUGCGCGUGGUCGCGCUACUAUUAUGAGAGCGAACGCUCGUCGGGGACGUGGUGUCCCUGCCCCAAGAGGCAUCAGGAGGUGAUCUGAUGACGCUCCUGCGGUAAAAAUGUCCCUUCGCGCAACUUAUUUUUGUUGCAAGCUAGGGGCUUGUACUAAUGUAUCUUGAAAUCCGCAUUCAUGUGGAAGAGCUUUGUUACGUUGACGCUUAAGGGUUUAUUGAGCAUGGAAGCGAGCUUACAGAUGAAGAAAUUUC